AUUGUCAUCCAGACUGGAGCAGCUCCACAGAGACUAAUGUGAAACAGAUUCACAAGGUUAAACUAAAUGUGCUCAGGGCCAUUUUCAUGUGCUAUCUGGGUCAGAACUGAUUACACCAGAGUGCGAUGGAAUCUGUAUGAACUCGCCACAUGCCUCCCACUGUGCGUGUCUCGAACGCUGACAUCAGGAGCCUUAAUUCCUUACUUCUGCUUGGAAAUGCACGAGCUCAUCAUUGGUGUGAAUCCCAUUUCUUACUCUUACGGAAACAAAGACAUACGACAAAAAAUACCAGCACAAAGCAGUUUUUCACACUUUUAAGAUUAAGCAGAUUUUGCCAAAACAUAUAAUAAAAAAAAAUAUAUAAUAUAAUACUGUAGCAUAUGUGUUACAACCACUCUCAUUACUAUAAUGUAGCAAGCUUGGACACAGAAAUUUGCUCAUGUCCUUAUUUUUGUGACUCCAUAAAAUAAAUAAAAUGAAUACAGUGUGUAGUGUGACGGUCCCAGGGCUCUGGCUCACAUGUUCAGUGCUGUUAUCAGUAUAUUUAUACUACGUUAUACUGCUACUGUAUAACCUUUCAUAUCCAGAUGCCACAUGCUGCACUGCUUUACGGUGCCUCUCCAGAACCAGCCCAUGUGUGCAGACACCAAACAGCUGUGAAGGCCCCAUGAAUGUCAACGGGUUAAUGGAGUGCCUCAUUAGCAUGCUUAUGUAUAAUCACAUUACAGGGGCAGCGGGGCAGCUCGCGGGCCGCCGGCUGAGAGCAGUGACCGUGAGUCCGCGCGCGAGACACGCACGCCCCGCAGGAGCCGCCGCGGUCACCUGAUCGCGGCGGCUCGGGCUCUGCGGCGACGGCGCCUUUAAGAAAACGGAACUGAGCCUCGGCUUUGACGCGCCGAGGUCGUGGGCAGGAAACGCCAUGCGAGAGGCGAGAAGCGAUCACGCUCCCGAGCGCCGCGGCACGAUACGGUGCGACCAACAUGCGCGUUAACCCGCCACGCUAACGCGCAGCAGCGGCCGCUCGCCUCGGUUCUGCUCCGCGGGCUUGGACUCGACUCCGACCCGAGCCGCGGCGCACCCUCCCCGGGCUGCGCGGAUUGAAGACAUCGGGGCCGCUCGGCGGGGUCGCGAGAGCGUCGCGGAAAAAGGAGGCGUCCGCCGUUUCCCCUCCGCCAGAAAUGAGGGAGUACAAAGUGGUGGUUCUGGGCUCGGGCGGAGUCGGCAAAUCGGCGCUGACGGUCCAGUUCGUGACGGGCUCCUUCAUCGAGAAGUACGACCCCACGAUAGAGGAUUUCUACAGGAAGGAGAUCGAGGUGGACUCGUCGCCGUCGGUGCUGGAGAUCCUGGACACGGCCGGAACCGAGCAGUUCGCCUCCAUGCGCGACCUGUACAUCAAGAACGGCCAGGGCUUCAUUCUGGUCUACAGCCUGGUGAACCAGCAGAGCUUCCAGGACAUCAAGCCGAUGCGGGACCAGAUCAUCCGCGUGAAGCGCUACGAGCGGGUCCCCAUGAUCCUGGUGGGGAACAAGGUGGACCUGGAGGGGGAGAGGGAGGUUUCUUCCGGGGAGGGCAAGGCGCUGGCCCAGGACUGGAGCUGCCCGUUCAUGGAGACCUCGGCCAAGAAUAAAGGCUCGGUCGACGAACUGUUUGCAGAAAUAGUCCGACAGAUGAACUAUUCCACUGUUCCCAGUGGCGGCGACCAGUGCUGUUCGUGCGUCCUGCUCUGAACCCCUCCCCUCCCCACGAACCGCGCGUCCGGACCGAACCGAACCCGAGCUUCUAACUUGUCCCGCAGGCUUCUUCGCAAACGUGUUCUCUCUCCUUACACUGUUGUCUUAUUGUUGCACACAAACGCGAAUCGACUGGGACAACGAUCGGUUAUCUGUAAUUGUCUGGAAAAAGUGUUUACAAUGACAAAAGUACUUGAAUGUUUUUUUUGGAUUUUUUUAUGGCUUUGUAUAUGACACUUCUCUGGAAAUGUGCCUCGAUGGGAAUGUCUUAUUGUGAAACCUAAGAGACACGUGUUUCUGGUUAAUUUCUGUGUUUUUAUUCGUUGAGUUGUGCUGUUGCAUCUGUCAUGGAGAUUGUGUGUGUGUGUGGGGGGGGGGGGGGGGGGGGGGGGGGUGAUCAUGCCAAAUCCCUAGGCAGAGUUGGGAUCGGUCACUUAUUAAGGCCUUUUAACUGGAGUCGGCCUGGACGUAUUUGAAAAGAAUAUCCCGGAUGAACUUCUGAACUUCUCACCACUCAAGCCUUGCGCAGGUUUCACGAAUCGAAUGUGGACCCGGUUUGAUCCGACCCUCUACGAUGCUGUAUCUGAAGCUGAGGACUGUGCUGGAGUUGUAGUUCCUUUUUCUCCCGUCCGUCCCCGUCUCUGGUCUGGUGGAGCUCGCACUCAGCCGACCGCGUCCCUCCGGCCUUAGUGCAUUGCUGUCGCUGCACGGGGGACACCCCGGACCCCCGUGUCAAGUGCCUUCCUCAGAACCCCCCCCCCUUCGACCCCCCCCCCCCCCCUUGACUGUGCCAACUGAUGAGCGUCUCGAUGGCAAUCAGAACUUUUAUCGCCGUUUUCAGCACACGCUCCGCUUCGCGUCCGGCGCCUGCUCUCUUCUGGUGUGUGUGUGUGGGGGGGGUGGGGUCCGAAUUCAGGCCGUUUCUCGAGGUACUAGUCCAGCAAGAACAACAGCAACUUUGACCUCCUGGGAUUUGGGUUUUGGGGGGCGAAUGAGAAGCCAUGUCUGUCUGAAUUAGCUAGACUUGUUUUUUUCUUCUUUUCUAAAAAUGUGACCUUUUUUUUGGACUUACUGUAACUUACUUGACUUACUGUAAUUCUCCCUUUGGACAAAUCUGCCACCCAGCUGUCAGUUUGAGACCUUGUAAUACAUGCAUUUUACGUAACCGCGUGCUGUAAUUGAUUGGCGGUCGGACCACGUUGCUGCUACUGGAUCACAGUCACCUUUUAGACGCUUCUCCUUCAGCUCACAGCAUUUUGUGUUACUGCAUCUGACGCACAACUCUUCCCACCGCACCGGAGAAAGAAUCUCCUUCAACACCCAGUUAGUGUGACGUGCUCCUGGAGGUGGUGGUAGGCUCACACAUUUCGGGUCCAUUUCCAGUCCCAUAUAUUUACAACCUGUAACUAAGUGUUAUUACAUUCUGUGUUUGACGAGUCGUGAAGUGCGAGUCAUAAUGAACCGAUGAAGUCCUGUUUUCUACAUUGUUUUUUUUUUUUUUUAGCUAAAUUCCACGAGGCCGUGACUCCCACCCUGUCUCCACAUCUGCGGGGUUUCAGACGUUACUGGUGGGUGUUUCCCCAGUGAAACCAUUAAACCUGGACACACAUGACUGGCGACCGCAGCAUAAGGUGUUCUACUUACACAAAG